CGGAACAGUCAAAGGGCAGCAGAAGGUUCCAGUCGGUUGUAUUUUUGUGUCGAACGUCCACUUCCGGCAAAUCACGUAGUCGCACAGGUGAAAGUAGCAGUUUUACUUAUUUAACUCUUUGGUCUGUGCUUAAGUUUCGAGACAGACACUGCAUGGGAUGGAAUCUCUGGGUGAGCAGAAUUCAGGGAAUCAUUUAAAACAACCGAGGCUUUAUCCUGAACUGUAUUUUAAGCAGUUGGCUAUCAAACAGAGGAGCUAACUGUUUAGCUAACAGCCUGUUCAGACAUUCGUUAUCUGGAGUCACAAACCCUGUGGCUGUUCGCUCUUUGUUGGCUAGUCGGUUAAACUUUUCACCAGGAGGACUAUACACCAGGUACGUGAGCUGAGAAGGGAGAGGCGAACGUCACUGUCUGUUGGCUCCCAUGGAGUCUUUGGCCGGCUACGUUUACAAGGCAGCCAGCGAGGGUCGGGUCCUGACGCUGGCUGCGCUGCUGCUCAACCACUCUGAGGCAGAGACUCGGUACCUCUUAAAGUAUGUGACUCAGCUGGCUGGCCAAAGGUCCACUCCUCUGAUCAUCGCAGCGCGAAACGGACACGACAAGGUGGUCCGUCUGCUGCUAGACCAUUACAAAGUGGACACGGAACAGACCGGCACAGUCCGGUUCGAUGGCUAUAUCAUUGAUGGGGCCACAGCGCUGUGGUGUGCAGCUGGAGCUGGACACUCUGAGGUGGUGCACCUACUGGUGAGACACGGUGCUAAUGUCAACCACACAACCAUUACCAACUCUACUCCCCUUCGGGCUGCCUGCUUCGAUGGGCGACUAGACAUUGUCCGUUACCUGGUGGAACACAAUGCCGACAUUAGCAUCACCAACAAGUUCAACAACACCUGUUUGAUGAUAGCUGCCUAUAGGGGCCAUGUGGAUGUAGUCAAGUUCUUGUUAGCGCAGGGAGCAGAUGUUAAUGCCAAGGCUCAUUGUGGGGCCACGGCCCUGCACUUUGCAGCAGAGGCAGGUCAUCUAGAGAUUGUGAAAGAGUUAAUGGACUCCCAUGCUGCCAUGACAAUGAAUGGACAUGGCAUGACACCAUUAAAGGUGGCUUCAGAGAGCUGUAAAGCUGAUGUGGUGGAGCUGUUGAUGGCUCACACUGACUGCGACCCUCACAGUCGCAUCGAGGCCUUGGAGCUGCUGGGAGCAUCUUUUGCCAAUGACAGGGAGAACUAUGACAUACAGAAAACGUAUCAGUACCUUCAUAAGGCCAUGAUAGAGCGCUACUGCAACCCUGACAACAUCAUUGUUAAGGAUUUGCUGCCACCCAUUGAAGCCUACGGGGGCCGCAGCGAGUGCCGAACGCUUCAGCAGCUGGAAGCUAUCCGGGUGGACAGAGAUGCCUUGCACAUGGAAGGGCUGAUGAUUCGGGAGCGUAUCAUGGGCUCAGACAAUAUUGACCUGUCACAUCCCAUUAUUUAUCGAGGUGCUGUCUGUGCAGAUAACAUGGAAUUUGAGCAAUGCAUCAAGCUGUGGCUUCAUGCCCUUCGACUUCGGCAGAAGGGAAACCGCAACACACAUAAAGACUUGCUACGCUUUGCCCAAGUAUUCUCCCAGAUGGUCCACCUGAAAGAGGUUGUGUUGGCCUCAGCGGUGGAGCAGGUCCUGAGCUGUAGUGUUCUGGAGAUACAACGUAGCAUGGCUCGGGUUGAGGCAGCAGUUGAAUCCGAGCUGCCGCAGGCCAUGGACAAUUAUGAAUCAAAUAUACUUACUUUUCUUUAUUUAGCCUGCAUCUCCACUAAGACUAACUGCAGUGAUGAGGAGCGUGCCACGAUUAACAAGCACAUUUAUGACCUAAUCCAGCUGGAUCCACGGACACGUGAGGGCUCCUCGUUGCUCCACCUGGCCAUCAGCUCCAGCACACCUGUUGAUGAUUUUCACACCAAUGAUGUCUGCAGCUUCCCCAAUGCCAAGGUGACUAAGCUGAUGCUGGACUGCGGUGCACAGGUAAAUGCAGUUGAUCAUGAAGGAAAUACUCCUCUUCAUGUGAUUGUCCAGUACAACAGACCAAUCAGUGACUUCCUCACACUACAUGCCAUUAUCAUCAACUUAGUUGAGGCUGGUGCCCACACAGAUAUGACCAACAAGCAGAAGAAGACACCGCUGGACAAGAGCACCACGGGCGUGUCCGAGAUCCUGCUCAAGACGCAGAUGAAAAUGAGCCUCAAGUGCCUGGCAGCACGUGCUGUUCGACAGCACCGGAUCACUUAUCGCAACCAGAUUCCUAAAACUCUGGAAGAGUUUGUGGAGUUCCACUGAUCUCAAGCCAGAGACCAGAACAUAACAUAAAUUAGGCUCAACAUAAAUUAGGACAUGUGUGUUGGUGCAUUCAAAGAACUGAUUCAUAUGGUGCUGAGAGUAGUUCACCAGGAACGUUUUUAAAGCAUUUUUACAUUAAUAAUUGUUUUUUAUUUUUAUUAAAUGUUGUUAUUGCAGACUAACACCUGCAUAAACAGUCAAUUUUGGUUGAUGUGCAGAGUUGCUUCUACAGCUCAUUCUUUGCAAUAAACCAGUGAGACCUCCUUUUAAUUUUCUGCAUAGAUUUUUUGACGUUUUGCUGAAUGUAUUCUUGAAAUGUGGAGAAGCAGCAGGCAGCAGUAAUACUGUCUCGUCCUUUCUUCCUUUGCCUUAUCAUUUAGUUAUGUUUGCCAUGCUACUGUGAUUCUGCAGCCUGAGAACCAGAGAAAUGAAGAAAAGGUUGUCAGAAAAAAUUGAGUGCCUGUAAAGAAAUGGACAGCCAGCCUAGCUUGGAUUUCCUGUAUUCAUCUCAUAGUCUUGUCUUUAGCAUUUAAACAGUUUGAAUUGAUUUAUUUAAAGAAUUUCUUCAGUCUGUUCAGAAGGAAAAACACAGUUAGGCUGCAAGGAGAAACCACUAUACAUGUUUUAUACAGGAAAGCAUGUGUUUUGUUCCUGUUUGCUCUACUUUAGAUAUUUAAUUUAUAAUUGGCUUGAAAACGGUUUUGAGUGUUCCCUUUCUGUGACUCAUCAGUGCAUCUAACAGCAUUACCAACAAUAGAUUUCAGACGGGUCACUCUGUGGGGUUGCAUGAGGCAAGGGAUCGGAGGCAGUGCACUCCUCCCAGCAUGGUGUUAAUCCUCUCAUCUACUCUUCUGUUCCAAUACUGGGUCAGUACAUCUCUGUAUGUACAUCGCACAGUUGCUGGAUAUAACCUCCUGGUCCUGUGAAACCCUGACGGUGCUGUUUAAUGCAUUUAUGAGGCAUCUAAUGUCUUUAAAGACCUUCUCACUGUUUUGACUCAGCGUUGGAAAUGUCAGAAACUCCAGGUGCUGUCUAAAAACACUAUUACUGUAUUGAUAAUGUAAAAACAUAUGCCCUCUGGUGCCCAUUUUAGACUUACUUCUUGCAAAUGGAAUCAUUUACUUGGUGCCCUGCAUGCGUGGCAAGUUAUGGCCAUUUUCUCUUUCGCUUUUUUUAUUUGGCUUAAUUUUAUUUUUGUGCAAAUCAUUUUAUGAUGGUGUUUAUUGACUGCUGGUGUUAUUGUUUCUUUUUUCAUUCCUUGGUCUCUAAAUUGGUAUUAUUGGUAAAUUAUCAAUAAAAAGCCAGUUUAAGUUGA